AGGAAAAUACUCGCUCUUCAGGACAGGGCUUGCCCGACGGGCAACAGCGGGCAACGAAGACCAUCACGAUCACCACGCAGUCAGCGUAGCCGCAGCGCGGACGUGGACUGCUUGAAGAAGUAUACGGAACGUCGUGUGGAGGAGCGUCGGCACACGGAGAUCACGGACACCAGCAAGCUGGACACGUCGCGCUGGAUGCCGCUGCCGAGAAACAUCCCCCGCGGCUUGCAAACCGUGGGAGCCGCCAAGAGAUCUUCGAGGGACGAGCGACAAGAGAGCGUCGACGAGUCGGCAACGAUCAGCGAGAAGUGGACAAAGCCGAGUCCACCCGCCGAGAAUCGAUCGCCCAAGAUCAUCGAGUCCGAAAGGAUCGAGCGCGUCGGCCGAGCGCAGCAUCCCACAGGCAGGAGCCACAGCACCGACGUGGCCGCUUUGAAGAGCAACGCGGACAAACGCAUCCCCGAACAGCGCAGACACACCGACUGCAGCGACUCGCGCACCAUCGCCACGAGGUGGCUACCGCAGUUGAACGGCGCGAAGUUUAGCCGGGAGUCAUCACCUCUGGCGAAAAUCGGCUGCGAGAUCACAAAGAGCGCGGCCACCCGGUGGAUAACCUUCACGAAGAGUCCGUCACCCAGCCCCAUGCCGAGAGCGAAUUCCGAGCGACGAGAUUCCGUGACGGAACGCGACAGACAAGACGAAGAAUCUUGCAAGGACGCGGACAUGUCCAAGUGGCAGCCUUCCAGAAAGUUCUCGCCGGUGAAGAACGAGAGAGGUCACCUGCAAAGACAAGACGAGAUAGAUCUGAGAGAUCGCUCCUUGAGCGUCGCCGACGCUACCGAGCGAGCGAACAAGCUGAGCCAACGUAUGCGAGAUCUGUACGAUUUCAAGACGGAGAACGAGUGGCCGAAAAGAGCGGGAUCGGCGGGAUCCUGCCAGCGGGACAACUCCUGGAUCAGCAGUAGCGAGGAGGAGAAACCUAAUUAUCUCCCGGUUCGCAGAAAUAGUCAGGAUCUGGAAUUCAACGACAGAAUUCAGUCGGCAUAUAAAUCCAAGGCUCAGCGCGAGGAGGACAGACGAAGACCGAAGCGCAGCACCCACGACGACGAAGACGAGAAGGAUGAGCGUCUGCGGAGAUUCAACGACAAGCUGCGAUACAGCGAGGAUCUCGGCAGGGAGGAGCCGCGGGUUCGGCCGCGCGAGCGGCGCACCUAUUCGGACGACUACGACGAGAAGGUGCGACGGGAGAGACAAUACCGUCUGUCGUCGUUUCGGCCGCCUUCGCCGUUGACGGUGAAGAAAGAGCGGCCGGAACCGCUGGCGAUCAAGAGACUGGUGGACAAAGAGAACAAGCGGAAUUCGGACGCGAGCGCGAGGUCGCGCGGAAGUUCCGGCGUCAGUUACGUCGAGGUGGACUUCGUGAAGAGAGAGCAGCGCACCAGCGACGUUAGUUACGCGAGCGUGAGCCUCGCCAAGAGAGGAAGCGUCGAGUGCAAAGGCACUCAGAAGAUUCUCGAGGUGCCGCCCAGGAGAGCCUUCAGCCAGAGCGACGAGCGUCCGGCCACCCCGAUACCGCCGAUUGAGUUCAACGACGAGCGAUAUGUUCCCAAGAAACUACCUUCGGAUUCCCCGAAGAGAGACAGCACCAGAUACAAGGUGUACCUGACGUAGGGAACGCCUGCGAAGGCAGGCGUUUCGCGAAACGAAUGCCGCUUUCGCAGAGCUUUAGAUUAGCGUGGACCAAAUCGCGGGGAAAAAGUGGAAGUACAAAUUCAAUAUUUAUAUAUAAGUGUGAAAAAUCAUUAGUACGGAGAGAGAGAAAACCGUGAUUUUAAUAAUUUAUAGAUGUCAAAAAAAAAAAUAUACACACACGUUUGUUACGAAAUUCGUUGUGCAGCGAUACUCGAUGUCGAUUUUGUGUUGGACACGUUUUUGUCAAGAAAAGGUAAGAACAAAUUGAAUUUUGAAUAUAAACGUUUUAAACGAAGAACAUACGAAUAUGGAAUUGUUGUCUCUAACUGUUAAACGUUCAGAUGUGUUUGAUCGUUCAAGUGUUUGAUGUGUUCAUCGUCAAGUAAUAUAAAAUUGAUACAAAAAAUAAAAAUAAAAAAUAAAAAAAAAAUAAACACUCGAUAUACUCUGUUACACUGAUAACAGCCCGAGCGGGAGUUUCUAAUACACGGUGAAAUAUAUUUGUAACAGAGGUUUACAACAAUGAACCGAAAGUUUCCUAUUCGUGUUUUUCAUGUCACUGUUUUAAAAAGCGCAACUGCGAUAUAACAAGUAAUGUACGAACGAUGUAAGAUGUGAAAUGCAUAAUAAAAUAUUCUUUGAGGAA